AAUUUGUACAGUCUUCAGUUGGCACCCCUGUAUUUUUCCUACAACGAAUAGCAAGAGAUUUCCUCUGCAUUAUUGUUAUGGUCGGAGCUCGAUGCAAUAUGAGCCAGCACAAGUCUCUGUUGACAGACGACUGGGCUCUGAGGUGUGCGUGUCAGCGUGCAACAUAAAACGACAAAACAGGGAGAGAAAGGAAAAGAGAGUGAGAGGAGUGGGAGCACGCAUCGCUGGAUAUUAUAGGUUUCGGUAGCUCUCGUCGUGUAGUACAGCCCUAUCAGUAAGCAGCUGGAACCAGUUCAGUCCCUGCAAUGGCUUGUGUUGUAAAAUGGAUGUUAUAAAGAAGAAAUAAUGAAAACAAGGACACACAAAGAAUCGAUGCCCAUGCGCAGUGGGCGACGGCGGGGGGCAAGUGAGGAAAGACGGGGCAGACGCCCGCACCCCAGCCCCUCUCGCCCUGAACGCAAUGACAGACAGACGCAAAGAGGUACUGGUGAGGAAUUGGCUGGAAAUCGCUUCAGUCGCAGAUCACAAGGGCAUGAUUCAUCAGAGAGUGAGGGGGAGGAACUUGUGUCUCCUCCAAAGAGGCAGAAAGUUCAGGAUUCAGCCCCUACUCCAAACCCUCCAACAUCAACACACUCGACUGACACCUCAGCUCCUUCCACUGUCCCACCUCCACCCUCAGUUGCCAGCCAAUCCCGUGAGAGUGACAAUGAAGACGGCCAAUCUCAGGGCAGCAGGAGUUCAGUUGUAGGGAGCCUAGCCAAUAGCAGUAGCAGUCUGAGCAGCGGGAGGGAUAUAGACCAGGACAAUCGUUCCUCAUCUCCAAGUCUCUCUGCCUCCCCUUUGGGUAGCCUGGACUCCGAAUCUGAUGGCCCCGAUUCACCAAAGCAAGGAGACCGGGAGAAAGGCAAAGAGGGCGGCGCGGGGAAGGUGACAGGAGAGGAUAGGAGAGUGUUGCGGGAGGGAAGGGGCGAGGAGCCCUGUGCAGAUGGAGAAAAGCGAGAUGUGGAUGCAAGAAUUGAGGACUGCCCAUCUCUUAAGCCCCCCUCCACUCCCUGCUCUUCCUCUGGUCUGACUCCCUCUCUCCGUGGAGCAGGAGAUUCAUCAAAUGACAGCAAUAGUGGGAGAAAGUCAUAUUUCUCCCUGGACUCCAAGCUGAUGUGUAAAGUUGAGUACAGCGGACCGACAGGCGUUGAUGCUGCACUUAGCAGCAGCAGAAUGACUUCCAAAGCCAGCACACAGUGCGUGACCAAGACGACUAUCUCCGGAGGAGAUUAUUCCCAUAACAGCCCCAACAUUCCCCAUGCCCUGCCCCCUCCGCUUCCUCCUCCACCUGCCCUGAAGCCGUUGGAGCUUGGGGGACAAAACAUACCUACUGAGGUUAAGACAGAAAGAGACAAACUAGAAAAAGGAGACAAACUCCUGGACAAGUCUCAGUCCACUCCUCCUUCUCUGCUGCCACAGACUGGCCCCCAGCCUCAGUCCCAGUCUCAACCUCAGACCCAACCCUCCACCACCCACCCUCACCACUACAGCUGGCAGGGUGGCACAGCAACUGGUUGCCAGGCUAGCUGGGGCUACACCCGUUACCCUAGCAACCACCACCCACACCAACCACAACACCAGCCCCCAGUUCAGCAGCAGCAACUUCCCUCCGUUUACAACCCUCCAUCCUCUCGCCACUCCUCUUCCCACCCCUCUUACCUCCCCCAUCCUCACCCCCACCCUCACAGGGAGUACCUUCCCAGGUAUGCUGGAGGGGGAGGGGACAGAGAGAGGGGGGCUGCAGGAGAGAGGGAGAGGGGAGUGAGGGGGGAGUGUGGGGGGAGGGAGAUCAACCGGGAAUUCUCCACUCCGAACAGCAGCAACAAUAGCAGCGGGGCAAAUAGUAACAGUUCUUGUGGUGGGAUGGGUGGGCCCAACAGCAUCCUAGGCAGAGAGUUUGGGGCUCUGUCAGUCAGUCAGAAUCGGGAGUUCCAAGGUUCUGGGAGAGAUGGUCCUAACUUGGGCCCAGAAAGAAGAGACUUUGGUCCGGCUUUCAGAGACAGGGAGCGUGAAAGGGAGCGUGAAGGAGGAAGGGAGUUUAAUCUGGCAAACCAAAACCAGAGUAGAGACUUUGGCCGUGGAGCCAGCGGGGGGCAUCCCAGAGACAAAGAUGGAAGCAGAUGGGGUGAGUUUGGGGGCCAGACAAGAGAUAUUGUAGGCAGCAGUAACCCUAACAACAACUCCAUCCCACAGGGAAACCCCCCAAGUUCAACCAGCGGGCUACCUGUCACCCCCAUGCUGAACCGUGACCCACCUGCAUCACCAAACAAUCCUAGUCACCCUGCCCAUCCUUCCUUGCCACCACACCCCCACCCACAUCCCCCAAACUCAUCAAACCGGGACUUACUUCCUCCCAUGGACCAGGCACAAACGCCCUCCUCUGGGGGAGACCACUUUCACAGGGAAUAUCCACCCACUGGAGGAAAAGACUUUCCUGCUGGUGCGCCUCCUUCCACUGGUCCAAAUCGAGAGUACCUAAACUCCCCUGGGGUAACUCCAAACCUGGGACGAGAGUAUUCAGGACCUGGAGGAACACAGCACCCCCACCCACCUCUUCCCCACUACCAGUCUGGGCCCAGAGACAGAGAGAGGGACUCAAGUCUGCGAGAGUCUUCUCUAUACCAAAACCGUGGUGGCCCAAGUCAGCCUCCUGCACUGUCUCCUUCCUCCUCUUCCAGUCAUCAUGGACACCCUUUGAAUGCUCCUUAUCCCCCUCCACCACCUCAGCCUUCUCUGCCCCCACCUCAAGCCUCCCAUGCCCAACCUCCCCCCUCAGGAAUGGCACCCAGUGUACGUCCUCCACACUACCAGUCUUCUGCCCAGACUCCUCCGACACCCCUUUCUCCUUUACCCAGCCCAUCUACCAAUCAGAUGGGAGCUUUCUCAUCUUUUCCCCCUGGCUCCUCCUCUGCAGCCAGCAUGCCACUUCCAGCAACAGGUGUGCCAUCCAGCUGUUCACCUGGAUGCCGCCCUUCCCCUUAUCACAGCACUUUGAACAACCACCCACCUUUCAGUGGAUCUUACCACUCUAAUGGAAACAAUGGCAGUAACAUGGCCAACAGCAGUAGCAACAGUAGCGCACCCAACAGCAGCAAUACCAACUCGCAGUCACUCUCGCCUCAGAAUGUCUCAAAGGGACCUCCACCUCUUAGUAACUCUGCCAACAACAACAAUGGCAUCUCUACACCCGCCUCCAGUUCUUCACUCCCUGGUGGAGAUGGACAUUUGGAAUCAGGUCCCCCUCCCACACCUGUCAUUAAGGAAGAACCAAUAGAAGACAGGGAAGAGAGUGAAAGUCCACCACCUGUGCUGAGAAGUCCCUCGCCUGAACCAAAACCUGUAGACAUUCCUAUCCACGCCAGCCAAUCAGCACGGUUUCACAAGGUCCUUGACCGCGGCAGUGGGAAUUCCUGUGCCCGCAGCGAUGUCCUCUUUGUCCCGCUAGACGGCUCCAAACUGUGGAAGAAGAGGAAUGAGAUGAUUGAAAGGGCCCGCAGGGAGGUUGAGCAGCGGGCCAGAGACCUGCGAGAGAAAGAAAGGGAACGAGAGAGGGAGCGUGAGCGUGAGAGGGAGCUUGAUCGGCAUCUACAGCAGCAGAAGGAUGCCAGCAUUCCAGCAGGAGGUCGCCAGGGCUCCUCACUCUUCUUUCCCACCUCAUCCUCGAUCAUCCUUGACCCUUCAUCUUCUUCCGCUUCUUCCUCGGGCACCCUUCUCCCAUCCUCCCCCUCAUCCCAACAUCAUCCCUCACAUCCUCAUGCUCACCUUCCUCCAGCACACCAUCUCCACCCCACCCUCUCUCACUCUAUUCCCCACUCCCUCCUCUUACCAUCCAUGGGUGGGUCGCCAGCAGUGGUUGGCGGCCCUCAGGCGGCCCUGGGAAUAGGUUUAGGAGGACCAUAUUUAGGCCCUGACACCCCAGCGUUGAGAACUCUGAGUGAAUAUGCUCGCCCACAUGCAAUGUCUCCACUUGGGGCAGCAAGUCGUGCACCGGCACACCACCCACAAGUUCAUCACGGUCAUCCCCAUGUCCACCCCUCAUUUUUCCUUCCUCAGUUUCAGAAUCAUGCUUUAGGCCACCCACACCACCUGCCCACUGAUGCAGCUACUGCAGCAGCCAUCUUGGGAUUUUUGUAUGGUGGCAGCCUGGAAGGUGCUCCAGGUGUUGGUGGUCACCCUGGAGUGGCAGGAGGCCCAGUACCUGGAGGGAUUGGGGGUGCGGGAUUAGGAGGUGUUGGCUUUCCUCACGCAGUGGCUGCACACCGAGAUCGAAUAAAGCCAGGAUUUGAGUUUAAGAGUGAUGAGCGGGUUUACCCACCAGGGUCUAUACCUGAUCCUGUGGUUCUUGCUCACUCACAUUCACAUGCUCAUGCCAGUGCCCAUGCCCAUGCCCAUGCCCAUGCGCAUGCUCAUGCACAUGCACAUGCACAUGCACACGCACACGCACACUCCCUGCUUCUUGGAGGAAGUGCAACAGGAAGUAAUGAGGUAUCAAUCUAUGGCACUCCUCCUCCGCCAGCUCCACUUGGCCCACCUCACCUCCAGAACCCAACCCUGGCUCCUGUAACUCGACCUUCCAACCCUCCUGCUCCACAGUCCCUGUCAAAUCCACCCCCUUCAUCGCUCCUCCCACCCACACUCCCCUCUCACCCUUCACCUGCUCCCCCGGCUCCCCCAGCUGCCCCAGCUGCCCCUGCCGCUCCUCCCUCGGCUCCUCCUCAACCUGCCCCGCCGACCUCCAACGCCGCCUCACUUCACCACCCUGUCCCCCAUUCUUCCUUUCUCAGCUCCCUGUCCUCUCAUCUGCCACCAGCCCCUGCCCCGGCCGCUCCCCCUGAGACCUACCCCACUCCCACUCGCUCUCCUGCCUCUUAUGAGCAAGAACGGAGUGGAGAAAGAGAGAGGGAGAGGGACAGAGCAGCUUUGCCGGCCUUUGGGGACAGAGAGCGAGAAAGAGAGAGGGAGAGAGAAAGGGGAGGAAGUGUAGGAGGCGGAGGAGGAGGAGGAGCAGGAGGGGGAAAUGGAGGCGGUACAGGUGGAGGAGGUGGAGGAGAGAAUCUGGGGCGUCUUCAGAUGUUAAAUGUGACGCCUCAUCAUCACCAGCAUUCACACAUCCACUCACAUCUUCACCUGCACCAGCAAGACACAGCGGCGGGCGGGGUUCACCCCCUGAUGGACCCAUUGGCAUCGGGGUCUCCACUGGCACGCCUCCCUUACCCAGGAGCCACACUAGGCACCCCUAUCCUGGCUCACCCCCUCACUGACAGCGAGGUGCUCCGCCAACAGCUGUUCGGCGCUCCUUUCCGUGACCUGCCCCAGCCUUCCUCCCUCACCGGCCCCAUGUCUGCAGCCCAUCAGCUCCAGGCCAUGCAGCAGGCCCAGAGUGCAGAGCUGCAGAUCCAGAGACUGGCCCUGGAACAACAGUGGAUCCAUCACCAUCACCACCACUCCCUCACCCAGGAUGAAUAUUACAGUCACCUGAAGAAAGAGAACGACAAGACCCUGUGAGGGAGGGGCAGCAACAAACAGCAGCAUGGAGAAAACCCAAGGGAGAGUGUGUGCAAAAGAGAACAAAUACAGCAAAACAAAAAGCACUGAAAACAAUGAAGGAACAUAAGACUCACUACAGAAGCUGGACUAACGGACAGGGAAUUCACAGAAGGAAACAAGAAGAUUUUGAAGGAUUAACAAAAGAGGGAGGAGGGCGUGAAAACGUUGCACAGAGUCCCUGCGAACGGCACCAGACUCCAGCGCUUUCCUGCAUUAUGUUGUUUUGUAUUGUGCUCUGUACAGUAUAUUAGAUGGGGGUGGCAAUAGUGAACUACAGUAUAUGUAAAAUACUUGAUGCCAGAAGGAAAUGUGUACAUGAGUCCCUUUUAUGUCAUUGCAUGUAGCUAUAGGCGCUUAUUCUGAACUGGUGGAACUUUUAGUUCUAUUUUUAGUAAUUACCCCCUCUUUUGUAUUUGAGGGGCGUUCUAUAUGCAUGAGACCAGCAAUUUAGUGUUCUGUUAUGUUUGCGAUCAAUAGUAUUGUUAUUAUGAUUAAUGUUGUCCGUUUGUUGAUAAUGAUAUAAUUAUAUAUACAGCACAUAUUAUUUGUAUUAUUUUUUUACAUUUUCAUGGUAUGGCAGUCAGUUUUUAUUUUUUAUGUUCAAUUUAACUUGUGAAACAAGAUGCAAAGGAAGGCAAAAAAAAUCUGGAAAUAAAUUAUAAUCUUUUUUUUGCUA